AUGGUGCAGCCCGGAUUGCUGCCGCUGCUUCUGCUUGCCCUGGCCUGGGUCCGCGUGUGCACGGACGACGCGGCCAAAGUGAUCUCCGACCGCUAUGCCGUCUACUGGAACCGGAGUAACCCCAGGUUUCACCAUGGCGAUUACACGGUAGAAGUUAGUAUCAACGACUACCUGGACAUCUACUGCCCCCAUUACGAGAAGCCGUUCCCCCCGGCCGCGCACAUGGAGCAGUACGUCCUGUACAUGGUCAACGACGAAGGCCACGCUUCCUGUGAUCGGCAGAAGGGCUUCAAGCGCUGGGAGUGUAACCGGCCCAUGGCUCCCAACGGGCCCCUCAAGUUCUCGGAGAAGUUCCAGCUCUUCACGCCCUUCUCCCUGGGCUUCGAGUUCCGGCCGGGACACGACUACUAUUACAUCUCUGCCACUACGAACAAGGUGGACGGGUCCUGUUUAAAACUGAAGGUUUACGUGAAGCCAACGAACGAUUCUCUGUACGAGUCUCCAGAACCCAUCUUCACCAGCAAUAACUCUUGCAGCAGCCUCAGGGUGCCCCAGCUCUUCCUCUCCGUGGUCCCCGUCUUUUGGACCCUCUUCACCUCCUAGCCCCCCAGCCCUCCCGCCACCAGGCACCGAGGGAUCGG